AUGACUGAUUCAAAACAAAUUAUACCAUUAGAAUCAAAUCCAACAAUUUUUACAGAAUUGGCAUAUAAAUUAGGACUUUCACCAAUAUUACAAUUUCAUGAUGUUUAUUCAUUAACAGAUCCAGAUUUAUUAUCUUUUUUACCACAACCUAUAUUUGGCAUUAUAUUACUUUUCCCAUUAACUACAAACUAUGAAACAUAUAGACAAAAUGAAGAUUCUCAACAUCCAAAAUAUGAAAAUGAAAAUAAUAAUAAAAUAUUAUGGUUAAAACAAACUAUUGGAAAUGGAUGUGGAUUAUAUGCAUUAUUACAUAUCUUAAUUAAUUUACUGUCUGAUUUAAAUUUAUCAAAUUCGCAGAUUAAUGAUUUAAUAAAUAAUUUAAAAGGUCAAAAUUUAUCAGUAGAAGAAAUAAGUCUUAUAAUUGAAAAAUUAGAAAAAAAUUUAAAAACUGAUGAAAAUUUUGGUUCAAAGGGUCAAACUGAAGCUCCACCUGCUGAUUCAUCAAUAAAUUUACAUUUUAUAAGUUUUAUAAGGGGAAAAAAUAAUCAUUUAUAUGAAUUAGAUGGUAGAAGAAAUGGUCCUAUUGAUUUAGGUGAAAUAAGUGAUUUAGGAAAAAAUAAUUUAAUUAAUGAAUCAAAAUUGGUUGAAAAAAUUCAAUUUUAUAUUGAUAAUGCUGAUGAAGAGAAUAAACAUAAUUUUGCAAUUAUGGCAUUAGGACCUACAUUGGAUUAA